AUGACACAACAUCGCCUCGGGGUGUGGACGCUCAGAUCGCUGGUCGUGGGCGUUUUCCUCUCUAUGCAUACGUCCGCCCAUGCUUCCGCCAGUGACACAUUCCACGAAGACGUAGUUGCACCCUCAACGGAUCCUGAUUUUAUCACAGAUACGACGAAAUACCUUCGAUCCUCUACGGUGACCCUCCAGGAGCAUCUAGAAGAUGUCACUAAAAAUGAUGAACUGCUGACCCACCUGGACAUUCUUUCGGAAGACGAAAAGGUAGGCAUGAUGGACUCCCUCCGGGAUUCCAUGGUCAGCUUGGAUGCCAUGCUUGAUGAUAUCGAUUUGUCGGGCAGAGGAAUGGAGGAGUUCAAGAGCUUGGCCGAGAUUGGAAGGGGAUAUACUGAUAAGGCCGUAAAGGUGGUGGAAGAUGCAAUCUCCACAAUCAAGUCGAUAGCACUUUAUCCCGAUGCCGACCACGACAGUGAAGAGGAAGGGAGGUUCCCUGACUCUCAAGUAUCCCGUCGUCUUGAUAUGGACUUUGGAGAGGAUGAAGAAGAGGAGGCAUACGAUCGUGAGAACAGCUGGAGCCACCGUUUCUAUCAGGAACGAAACUCGGGCAACCACAGAAAAUAA